AUGGGCAGUGCACUCGAACCUGUCAGAGGUGUGACAAACUGGGCCAUAUGGAGAAAGACUGCAGAGUUCCAUUCCCGAAACAACAACAACAACAACAGCAGCAUCAACAGCAGCAACAGCCGCAGCAAAAACAGAGGCAACAGCCACAGUAGAAUCAGGAUAAUCGAAAGGGAUGCUUCCAGUAAGGGUCACUUCAAGAAGGAUUGCCCACAGUUGAACCAGAGCACUAACAACAACGGGAACAGCAAAAACAACAACGCCGGGAAUCACAACAACAACAACAAUGGUAACAACAGCAGAAAUGGUGCUCGUGGGAGGGCAUUCACUAUUGGAACCGGUGAUGCCAGAAAUGAUGGCAAUGUCAUGACUGGUACGUUUUCUGUGAACAAUCUUUUCGCUUGUGUUUUAUUCAAUUCCGAUGUCGAUUGGAGUUACGUGUCAUUGAAAAUCAGUAGGUCGUUAGGAUCGACCCAGACUCCUCUCGAAACCAAGCAUAUCGUAGAAUUGGCUGAUGGUAAGUCAAUUGAAGCGUCUCAUGUUCACGUUGGGUGCAAAAUCGACCUUCUAGGUCAAAUGUUCGACAUUGACCUUCUUCCUGUCACUCUUGGUAGCUUUGACGUAGUUGUCGGUAUAGACUGGUUGUGUAAACACCGAGCAGAAAUUCUCUGCAAAAAGAAGAUCAUUCGUAUUCCUUUCCCUAGUGGAGAUUCGUUGUCUGUUCAGGGUCAUCGGAGUGGUGCUACGGUUGGCAUCAUUUCAGCUAUGAAAGCCCAGAAGUGCAUACGGAAGGGUUACCCUGCUAUUCUAGCUCUCGUAACCGAUACUCAGCUUGAGGAAAAGAAGAUCAAAGACAUUCCGGUCGUUUGUGACUUUUCGGAAGUGUUUCCCGAGGAACUUCCAGGACUAUCUCCACACUGA